CCGUGCCACCAGUGGGAGGGUUUUAAUCGGAGCUGCUCCACGCGCGGCGCACUGUGCACUUCUCCGUCCGGACGCACUGACGACUGCGCAUUGGCUCCAUGGCGUCUCCACUCCUCAGUCUGGUUAAUGAUGAUAGCAGGUACCAGAGAGCCUUCCAGCUGUUUCUGGAACGUUCCUCUGAACACCAGUGUAUGCGGGACUUCAUCCACAACAUUCUGCCAGACAUACUGGCCAGCGUUGGAGAUGGAAAGUCCAACCUGAACGUCAUCGGAGUUGGGAGCGGUGCAGGUGAUAUUGACCUGGAGAUGUUCUCUGAGCUCCGUCUGAAGCACCCGGGGGUGAAGGUGGAUAAUGAGGUGGUGGAGCCCAGUGGUCAGCAGCUCCACAACUACAGAGUCAUGGUUUCAAAGAGGACAGACUUGGAUUACAUCACAUUCACCUGGAAUAAGAUGACGGCCGCUGAGUUUGAGGAGCAGUGGAAGCAGAAACAGACCACCAAGAAGGCCGACUUCAUCCACCUGAUCCAGAUGCUGUACUAUGUGAAGGAUCCAGGAGCCACCAUCAGCUUCUUCCAGAGUCUUCUGGACAAGAAUGGGAAGCUGCUGAUUAUUUUAGUGUCUGGUGACAGUGGGUGGGGGAAGCUGUGGAGAACCUUCCGGUCCCAGCUGUGUAACCCCGACAUCAGUCAGUGUGUGACCACCGCAGACAUCAAAGCCGUCCUGGACGCUCAGGGGAUCCGCUACCGCAACUACGAGCUGCCGUCCCACAUGGACAUCACCGAGUGUUUCCAAGAGGGCCACGCCGACGGGGAGCUGCUGCUGGACUUCCUGACCGAGGUGCUGGACUUCAGCCGCACCGCCGCGCCGGAGCUGAAGGCCGGCGUCCUGGACAUGCUGCGACACCCUGACUGUAGCACCGAGUCCGACGGACGGGUUCUGUUCAACAACAACCUGGGAGUGAUCGUCCUGGAUCCACUCCCACACAAGCAGUAGUCACAUUAGCAUUAGCAUCAGCAUUAGCAUCAGCCUUAGUAUUAGCAUUAGCAUUAGCAUCAGCUUUAGCAUUAGCAUUAGCAGUAGAGUGGUUGAAGUAGUUUUGGGAAGGGGUUCUGUGUAGGACUGAUGUUCCAACUGUCACCAGGAGGGGGCGGUCUGGUACCAGAACACACCAACACCCACCGGUCUGGUACCAGAACACACCCACCAGUCUGGUACCAGAACACACCAACACCAACUGGUCUGGUACCAGAACACACCCACCAGU